AUGACUGCGCUAAUCUCCUGCCGCGGGUUUUCGGUAGAUGGUUGUGUCAUUGGAUCCCCAAAUAGCCUUUCAAAUCAAAGUCAUCAGAUCUGCUCAAACAACCCUGUAUCUCAGAUCUCGCACACGUGCCCGACUACAAACCGACUCCGCACUCUUGAGGAGAACGUAGCUAAUAAUGCAUGUGUCGAGCAAAUCUUGCACCGACAUGCCUGUCCCGGAGACUAUGACCCAGCUGCUGUUGCUCUCCUGCCAGAUGCACAAUACCGCGGCAGAGCUAUUGUCAGACAUCUUGCAGGGGCAUGUGACGAAGAAAUUUUGCGUCAGCAUCGGGUUAAUGGGAAAGAUGGGUCGUCUCCAGUACAGAUUAUGAUUUGGAAUGUUAAAGAAAAUAGUGGUGCCUAUUGGCUGAAACAGGGAUUCACUGUUGUUGGUAGCCAGAAGUGUCCUAAGGGAGUCUGGAAUUUGUUGGAGGAGUUUACUAUGUGGGCUAUGGUGCGAGAGUUGUCAGUAAUAUAG